AUGAGACGAGGAAGAGGGAAGAAUGGAAGAAAUAAAGCUGGCUUUGUGGAGGCUCUGUUUCAGAUUAAUGACGAUGAAGAAGAAGAAGAGUUUGUCGGUUUCACUAGAGAAGAAGUUGAAGAGUGCAGGUACAGAUGUCACCUGACUCAGUCAGAGUAUGUUAGCUCUCGAGGUAGGAGCAAAGCAAAGGUUGACUAUCAGGAGGAAGUCAUUAGUGACGAUGACGAAUAUCUCUGGAUUUUGAGUGUGUUUGUUAAAAUGCUGCAGUUGCCGGUGCCAGCCCAGCUGACGGUAAAGAUGUCGUCUAUACCAGGAGCAGGGCUGGGGGUGUUUGCCAACCAUGAGGGCAUCGCAAGAGGUGUCAAGUUUGGUCCGUAUGUUGGGAAGAAGGUGCCUGCUUCUCACGUGGAUGAAGAUACCAACACUAGCUACAUGUGGGAGGUAUGUAACUUAGAAAACUCAACUGGUGCUGUAUGCUAG